UCAAAUACUAACCAUUUGUAUUGCAGCGCAGCAUAUUGUGACCGGUGGAUGUAAUGUGUGUGUUCUGCGGGAUUCUGGGGCUACUCAUGUAUCCGGGUUUGGUUUAAAUUGAGGAUUUAAGAGUCGUUGCAUCCUGUGACUCUGAGAUCAGCUGCAUGUCGACGGAUAUAGCUUUACAGAAAUCCAAGGAGAGGAAACCCUUUAAGUGCACGAGGCUCGGUAUGUCGGAUGAAGAUUCCCGCGCCAGUUUCAGCUCUUCCUCGUCUUCCUCGUCAACACAUCAUCAGGACUCAAACACACCGAAGAAACGAGAAAGCAAAGCCAGCAUGAGCAAGUCCUCCAAACUGCUCUGCACCAGCGCCAAGAGAAUCCAGAAGGAGCUGGCUGACAUUACAUUGGAUCCACCACCAAACUGCAGCGCGGGUCCUAAAGGAGACAAUGUCUACGAGUGGAGGUCCACCAUCCUCGGCCCCCCGGGCUCUGCAUACGAGGGGGGCGUGUUCUUCCUCGACAUCGCCUUCACACCAGACUACCCCUUCAAACCUCCCAAGGUGACUUUCCGCACCAGGAUCUACCACUGCAACAUCAACAGUCAGGGAGUGAUCUGUCUGGACAUCCUGAAGGACAACUGGAGUCCUGCUCUCACCAUCUCCAAGGUGCUGCUGUCCAUCUGCUCCCUGCUCACUGACUGCAACCCUGCCGACCCUCUGGUGGGAAGCAUCGCCACACAGUACACAACCAACAGACCAGAGCACGACAGGAUAGCCAAACAGUGGACCAAACGCUACGCCACAUAAUGAGCCACAGUAUGGGGGGGGGGGGGGGGGGGGAUUUUUAUCUCUGAAAUGAAGUCUUAAUCCUGAAGUUUUUUGUUGUUGUAUUUCUUAAGUUAUCUCUGACCCAGUUAAACUCACACCUGGCAGUAAUGCGUUCUUUCUUGAUGAUGGACGCUAUGCUAAUAUGCUACAGCAUGAAUCCCAGUUCCAAUAAUAUGAGUGUAAAAUAUUCUCACACGUAUUCAAUUCUCCCCGUUUUUGGAAAGGUGUUUAGAUAUGGGUGGAUGUUGGUUGUGAUUUGUGUUCUGUACUGAUGAAAAGAUGGAAAGCUGUUCUGUUUCUGUUAAAAAUUAAACAUGACCAACUGA